GGCAGUUCGUUCGAAAGCGUGACAGAAAUAUACGUCAUGUUUAAACUGACGAAGACAGCGUGCAAGAUGAGCCUGCGCCGUCCACCAGAGGUUGUGCUAAGAUGUGCAAUCGCUAAAGAGGCCUGUCGAAGGGUAGGAAUAUCUCCAUGUCUCACCUCUGCAAGAACCCACGUUCACAAGGCAGCUGUAUGCACAGAGCUGGGAAAGCCAUUACAAAUCCGCACCGAUAUCCCUACACCACAGUCCCUCGAAAAAGGACAAGUAUUGAUAGCUGUCCAGGCAGUGGGCAUAAAUUUUGCUGAUGUUCUUUUAUGCGCUGGUUUAUAUCAAGAGAAACCACCCUUACCCUUCAUUCCUGGAUCUGAAAUUUCGGGUGAGGUUGCUGCUGUAGGGGAGGGAGUGACGGACCUGGCUAUAAAUGAUCGUGUCUUGGCCUUGUCUAGGCUGUCUGGAUUUUCUGAGUUCUGUGUCAUUGAUAGCAAGGCAGUAUGGAAGAUGCCAGAGACGCUGGCAUAUCCUGAGGCAGCUGCUCUACUGGUCUCAUAUGGAACAGCAUUUAUGGCCCUGACGCGUACAGCUCAAGUAAAGCCAGGGGAGACCAUUCUGGUGACAGCAGCAGCAGGGGCUCUUGGUCUUGCAGCUGUUGACCUUGGAGUGAACACCUUUGGCUGUAAUGUGAUAGCAGCAUGUGGAGGAGAAGAGAAGGGGCUUUUGGUGAAGGAGAAAGGAGCGCAUCAUGUAAUAGAUUACACUAAAGAGGAUAUGAGACAGAGAGUCAAGGAAAUCACAGAGGGCAGAGGAGCAAAUGUCAUCAUUGACCCUGUGGGAGGUCAGGUGUUCAUGGACUGCAUCAGAAGUGUAGCAUUUGAGGGCAGAAUCGUGACAUUAGGCUACGCAUCAGGGGAUAUCCCCAAGGUACCAGCAAACCACCUGCUAGUCAAGUCCUGCUCUGUUAUGGGCCUUUAUUGGGGCAGCUACAGUAAGCUACACCCAGAAGCACACGCGCAUUCCAUAGCCAGCAUCCUGCGUCUCUCCAGAGAAGGCAAAGUUAGUCCACACGUCUCCAAGGUGUUUCCUUUAGAACAGGCAAACGAAGCACUUCGGUUUCUCCAUAGUAGAAAGUCAACAGGGAAAGUGUGCUUACAAGUCGGCAAAGACUAGGAAACUGAAAGAACUAAUGUCUUUGAAAUUUAGGAGAUAUUGUGUUUCUUGUAGUGUGUAUUAAUCACACUAAGCAAGUUGCAAGCAAAAAAUGUUUAAUUAUACGGAUGGGAGAUGUUAUUAUAAGUUUUUGUAUCCCAGGGAAAAUUUGUCUCUCCUAUAUGCAGGUAGCUAUGUUAUGUGUAUGUACAUGUAGUUAAAUUCACGGAUUUGUGAACUUAUUUACCACUUUAAGAUAUAUAUUCUAAUCAGCGUUGUAUCUUAAAGGGAAAUAACUCUGACAUCCACAAAUUUUGCUGUUAUUUUAGAUGUCAUCUACAUGACAUUGAUUCUUUCAGAUGUCUACUGACCUGUAUCUGACUUUGAUAGAAUAAUCGAAUGUUCAGUUUCCCCUGGAGUCAGUUACCUCCCCUUGUCUAAAUGAUGGAAGGUGUUCAGCAAACUUGUAUGUCAGACACGGUAUUGUGUUGCAAUUAUGUGGUCUACCAUUUAACUUCAGUUCUGCUGUAAGAUGAUUGGGAAUUCCAGAUACUUUGUAAAACAUUUUCGAUAGAAAGAAAGAUCGUAUAUAGUUUACUAGACUUCACUUUCAGUCUAUCAUAUUGUUUAUAUGUGCGAUCCAGGAGAGAAAGUUGCAUUGUGGAAAUCUUUGCACUUCCUCAUUUGCAUGUUACUAGUAUCUCGUCGGCCAGACAGUUUAGACCAGUGACGGAUUUCCCCUCAUAAUUCUCUUAAUUGAUAUCUUUCAGAAAAUAUAGGCCCAGGAGAUUUAGUUAGGAUUCAUAUGCAACUAUUUUUUGUAUUUAGCUGAACA